UUCACUGUGGAUGGAGCAGAGUGUGACAUCUUAGUACUUUUAGCAUCCCAGGUGACGCCUACGGAGACCGCGAGAGGAUGGAGAAGGGCUGCACCGUUGACAGACAGGCGAAGUGAACGAGAGGUGAUAAAUAAAGAGCUGGGAUUGCUCGUUAAACGGCCUGUCACUGUCUGGCUGAUUCUGACGGACAGCUAGCAUCAGACAGCGGCUACAUGAGCUAGCCGCUGGCCAUGUCAGCUAAUCAGCUUCUGUGUCGGUAACAGGACAGCGGAAUGCCGUUUGGGAACUACCUUAUUUUAACCCCAUUAUUUAUUGGAUGAAGAGGCUGGAGAAAAUGGCAGGACGGCGGUGCUUGUUUUCGCCCACAAAAGGCGUGCAUGAGUCCUUUGGGUCCUGCAAGGAGAACCCAUGGAACCCAACAUCAUACCCUUGCACUCCUCUUCCUUGCCUCUGAUGGAUGAUGAUGGUGAUGGGGAGGUGGCAUCAGAGGAGGAUGAGUUUAAGGACUUUUCUGUCGGGAUGUCCUGCUCCUCUCUUAAUUUUGCUGAUGCAACUGAGUCACCUUCUAGUUUCAGACCUCCUUCUCCAACCUCAGAACCAGCCACCCAUCAACCCAGUUGCAGCUCUAAUUGCGCAGGUGAACAAUCCCAGCCUACAUCCGAAGUGAAGCUGGAGUCUGGUAAGGCUCAGAUGGAUGUAGGACAGGAGGAUUAUAAUGCUGAACCUUCUUUGCACCUCACAAAUGGAUUUGCUGAAAGUGAACAUAACUCUGGGGCCCAUACUUCUUCUGUAGGUGGUCGGUCUCCUGUGGAGGAAACGGGGUUUGCUGAUUUCACUGUGUUUACAAAGCAGACGGGACACCCCUGGUGUUGUGGCUUCUCUCCACUGGCUAACACAGAGCAGGAGGAUGCGAGAGUAAAAGGGACAAACAGCACCUUUAGUGAACAAAUACAUGAAUCAGGAGAGGAUUUUAUUAUGGAAUCUGAGCCCAGAUAUCACUGUGCACACAAAGAAAAACAAAACAUCUGCACUGAGAUCAGGGAGAAAAGAGAUGCAGCACUUGUGCAACCAUCUCAGGUCCAUCAUCAGCCUCAGGAAGCUACAGGAAAUUGGAGUUUUCCUUCUGAAGAGGAGGAGCUAGAUAAGCCUUGGGAUAGUCAGAGGGAAAGGAGGAAUAGCUUUAAUUCUCUUCAAACCUCUGAGGUACAGGACGAUGGAGAUGCAGAAGAAAUCUUUCAAACAUGUAGUAUGCAUGAGCCUAUGUCAGAGGACUUGGCAUCCUUCAGUGAUGAUUUGUCAUUUGAGGUUGCUUCUGCAGAUUUGGAACCAAAUGUUUCAUCCCUUGCUUCUCAAGAUGAUCAAACUGAUUGGGACCAGUUUGAUGAAGAUGAAGACCUGGGAAACUGCAGACAUUCUGACUCUUUUGGAAACAGUAAUGUGACAAACCUCAACCAGACUGAGUCAGACAGGGACAUUCAUCACUACGAAUAUCCGACUCAGGAAAAUUCUGCUACCUCCAAACAGUCACAAUCUGGAACAAAUUUGCAAGACAGAUUUGCUGACUUUACUGACAGCAGUUUUGAGCAUCACAGACCUCAAGAAGAUCUUCAAACAGCUGAUGCAGGGGUGCAGAUUCUGGGAAAUCUCCCACCGAGUGACAGCUUUGCAGAUUUCUGCUCGGCGCCCACGCAGGAGGAUGAAGAGGGGUCGUGGGCGGAAUUCAAUGACCAGAGUGCAGAGGAUGGAAGAAGUUGGAGACAGUUCAGAGCACCAGUCAGCAGCCUGCAGACUGAUGUAGACGAUGAGGAAAAGAAUAAGCAGGACAGAGUGGAAGGAACAAGAAGGAACAGCUCUCAGGAUUCACUGCCCUGUCGUGUCCAGGAAAUCCUUCAAGCCAGUUUCCCAAAGGUAGUGGUUCCAGCUGUGGAAGAUGAGAAGGAGCUGGUUGGCCUCAGUGCUUUGCUUCAAGCUGAGCAUCUCUCUGAGAGUGGGGAGGAGGUACCAGUCCCCAGCAGUGCUCAGCGGAUUCAGCAGGAGAUAUUGAGGCCACAUCAGGAUGUCCACAAUGCAGUUGGGCUCCAGUUUCAAUGGGGGGGCUCCCAUACUAACAGGACUCUGCUCAGUUGUCUUGGCGUGGACACAAGAAACGUUGUGUUCACUGGGAGGAAUAAGCAGUCUGUGACUGUGCCUGCUUUUGCAUCCAGUCUGGGAAUGCUUGAGCCAACCAAAGAUGCCGUGCCAGCUGCCUGCUCUUCAGGAAGCACAGCUGUUACAGCACAAGCACCUCCAGGGCCCCGGGAUAUACCGGGCCCCUCAACACAUUCAGCGCAGGAGGAGCUCCCUUCCAGCCAGCUGGACUGGAGCGGUCGUGGCCUUAGCAGCUCUCAGGACGACUGUUCUGCUCUCAGUCUGGAUUACUUUGGUCCUGAGGAUGAGAGCAGGUCCAGCAGUAGCACCCAAAGCCAGAGUCCCCCUCCAGGAAUUGAUCCAGAGCUGUAUGAGUUGACCAUCAGCAAGCUGGAAAUCAACACUAACAGCAGCCACCUAGAGGACACUUUGAAUCGCCUGAUGUCCUCCGCAGAGAAGACGAGCAUUUCAGUGAGAAAAUUCCUGCCGAGUGAAGAGCUGAGUGAAGAGGCUUCCAGGGUGAUCGCUGUGCUUCCUAACUUGUCUUUCAUGCAGGCCAAGGUCCUCAUGUUCCCAAGCGUGCUCCUACCCAAAGCAUGCACUUCUCCAAAAUGACAACACAUUAUUUAUAUUUACAACAAACUGGAUUGUGAAAAUUUGAGAUAUUUUUGUUAAACACACACAGAUAGAAGAGUUCAGAACAUUUGAUAACACAACUGAUCAUUUUAAACACAUUGUGAUAUGGUUGCUUGUGUGCAGAGUUCUCUUUCCACUGUUUAUUCCAGCUGUCUGCAAAACUCUUUUAUACACUGCAAGUGAAACACUUCAGUGCAUAAAAGAGGACAAAGGACAUACCUGUGCAUCCUCGAUUGUAGCUUCUUGUAGCAAGACCUGCAGAUGCAUUUUAGGAACUGAGACAGGAGGAAGAACAGGGGACAUGAGAAGGCAUAAAUUAGAGAAAUGAGAAAACCCUUUAAUCUUUCACUUGGCCUUGGCCUGCUUUCCCAUGUAUGUAGCUGAUUCAACACGGGCUGUUUGAAGAGGUAUAGAAUAGGUAUACUACUACAUGUGAGGUCACAUGAAAUCAUAGAGACUUAUUGGGAAACGAGAGGUUGAUUUUCCUGCUUUAGUAAAAAUACUCCACCUGCUGGCUAUCCUCUGCUUUUAGGGUGAAAGUUGUGAGUAAAAAAAUAUCCUCACAUAUGAGGAUAUUCAAAUUUCAAAGCAUACUAAACUGCAAACUGCAAACUGCACUGCGGAAGAUCAGCAGCAACAGUACAGUGUGUGAAAGUAUUAUUCUCCUCAAUGUGCAGUGUUGUGAUUUAGUUUGGUUUAACGUCCCUUUUACCCAGAUUUAUUUAGUCUGUUACAGGAAACAUGUCAGUCGAAAUGGAUAUUUUUAUAUGUAUGUUGUUAUUUUUACCUAAAAACGACUCACGGUUAUUUUAAUGUAAGGCUAUAACAGACAAAUCAUAUAAAAGACAGAAAGAAUGUGAUUAUGUAAUGUGGCCUUUUUAAAGAAAUAUACAUUUCAAACAAUUUUUUUGUUUCUUUAAUUUCAGCUUUAGCAAGGUCACUUUUGUUUUCACUUUUUCAUUUUUCUUCCUCUAUUACAAAGUUUUGCUUCAUGCCAGUUACAGUAUUCUGUUAUGUCUGUUUUAGUAUUAGGAUGCCAUACAUGUGUUUCCAUAUUCAAGUCACGAAAGUAUUUGAGAUUUCUUUGAUGAUAAUAUUUUUUUUCCUGUUUCCUGCUCCUGGCUGAUUUUUUGUUUUUAUGUUUUAUGAUGUCCACAAACUAAUAGGCUACAUGUUCCUGACUAUUUUAGAAAAUAUUUAGCAUUAUUGUUGUUCAUUUGUUUGUUUCCAGUGAUUUUAUGUUACUGAGGUGCUUUGGAGUAUAAAAACAUUGUCCUGAAAUACUGCCGUGACAAGCUUGUUGUCCACUUGCGCACAUUCCUGUGAAACAAACAGCUGCUUCCUAUAGUCAUUUUACAAUAAAACGAAGGGUUUAUGUACAGUCAUGACAGUCAAAGUAAGAACACCUUCUUUGAAUCUGAAAUGGGCCUGCCUGAUCUCACAAGCAGCCUUCUGUCAAACAGGAAGUCACUAAUCCCAGUGUAGGUGGGAGCAGGUGCAUUCAGCCUGGAGAGACGUAGAGCUGGGAUGAUGGUGUUGAAAGCAUAACUUUAGUGCAAGGGAUCCAGGAGGGGGUCAAUGAUGGGUUUGAAAUGUGACAACACAACAUCCUCAAACAUUUUCAUUACUAAUGAGGUCAAAGCAACAGGACUGUAGUCAUCAAGGCGAAUUUUAAUUGUUUUUGGGAAACAGAAAAAUGGUGGAGGCCUUAAAGCAGGCUGGCACAUUUCUCCAGCGAGGUAUUGAAGAUAUCAGCUGAAGUACUCAGUACUUCGGAAGUCUGCACAAGCUGUUUUGCAAAGGUUCUGUCUAAUGAAGAGUCUAUUUACAUCUCUUUCAGAAGCAGUUUAUGAAAAAUUAAGUACACCCCAUAAAUUAAUAGUUUAUGGAGCCUCCUUUAGCAACAACAACUUAAAGUAAUCGUUUUCUGUAUGACUUGUCUCUUGCAGAGGAAUUUUACCCUACUCUCUGUUACAGUGUUGCUUCAGCCCAUUGAGGUUCAGGUUAUAUUAAGGUCCUGUCCUGUUGUAUGAACCAGUUUUGACCAAGCUUUAUCUAUGAGACAGAUGGCCUUACAUUUGAUUCUUGAAUAAUUUGGUAUGCAGAGGAGUUCAUGGUCGAGUCAGUAACCGCAAGAAGCCCAGGGCCCGUGGCUGCAAAGCAAAUCCAAAUCUUAACACCUACACACACUGCACAUUGUAAUAUGUGUCAUUUAGCAAAAUGUGUCAUAUCUGUCAUUUAGUUGAUUGUCAGAGGUUUAAUUUUCCUAAUUUUGAGGCCUGCUAAGGAUCAGAUUAUUUUUAUUAUGUCCUGAUUUGUAAAACCUGUGAAUUGAAAGAUGGUGUACUUUCUUUUUGCCAUGAUUAUAAUGUGAAAAGAGGGAUUGUAAGUGUUAUCAGAAACUAAUCAAAUAAGCUAAAAGGAAUUUGUUCUCUCCUUUUUCCUAUACUAAAUAAAAAUAUGUCUGGAAGCGUGGGAGGGUAAUUCUAAAUUAAUACAUUUGUAUACGAUACAUGGAUUGUGUGCAGCCAUUUAUAAAUAUAGUUGUGGUCAGAAGUGGAACGCUCAUCAUGGGCCUGAAUUUCUUAGUAAUUUUGAACUGUUCAUUUCCCAGGAUGGAACGAUUGUACAGCAUACAUCUUUCUUUGUUCAAAAAACACUAAUCUGAAUUUAUUUUGGAUUUUCUCUAAUCCACACAAGAUCACAAGUGCACAUGCAGGCUCAAAUAUAUAUAUACACUCAAAUAUUUUAAAAGUUAAGGUUCUGCAGUUUCAUUUCAUUACUAACUUCGCAUUGGUGAUUAUGAUUGACUAUAACUGUAGUUUGUCUUUGGCAGCAUAAAAAGAAUUUGUUUGACAGCACUCACUGGCCAACACUCAGAACAAUGAGAAAUUCCAAGGAACUGGAAACUGCUGGAAGACCAGUGUCAGAAACUGAGCUACUUGGUCACAAUAACAGAGGGUAUGUGUGGAGGGGCAAAGAUGAUGCUUUCAAAUCUAAGAACACUGUACCAGCUCUUAAGCAUGGUGAUGCUAGCAUCAUUCUCUGGCGCUAUUUUGCUGUCAGUAAUUGUGGUACAUUGCAGAAAGUGGAUGGAAUAAUAAAGGAGUAGGACCACCUCCACAUUCUUGCAAAGAUAGUAGUAGUUAGACAGAAGCUAGAUAGUUAAAGCCAGAACACAGCUGGGUACUCCAGGUUAGGUUCAUGACAAUGACCUAAAACACACAUCAAAACUGGACCGAAUAAAUAACUGCAUCUAAUUAUUGUUUUUUUUUUAAAAGUCAUUAAAGAAGUAUGCUAUGCAGUACGUAAACUUCUAACCACAACUUC